ACAAGAGAUAUAGCCAUCUCAUCUCAGCAGGUAGAGGGUUUUGAAAGCGCUGAGCUUGAGCGCCACAGUUGUGAAUAACCUCUAAGUAAUCGCCUGCUUGUAGCCAUGUCGAGAAGGAAGACCAGGGAGCCCAAGGAGGAAAAUGUCACUCUCGGACCUGCUCUCCGAGAUGGAGAGCAUGCUUUUGGUGUUGCUCAUAUUUUUGCCUCAUUUAAUGAUACCUUCAUUCAUGUAACUGACCUGUCUGGAAGGGAGACACUUGUUCGCAUCACUGGUGGUAUGAAGGUGAAAGCUGAUAGAGAUGAAUCAUCACCAUAUGCAGCCAUGCUUGCAGCCCAGGAUGUUUCUCAACGGUGCAAGGAGCUUGGCAUUACUGCUUUACAUAUAAAGCUCCGGGCUACUGGAGGGAACAAGACUAAGACUCCUGGUCCUGGUGCCCAAUCAGCACUCAGAGCCCUGGCUCGUUCUGGCAUGAGAAUUGGUCGUAUUGAGGAUGUGACUCCAAUUCCCACUGACAGUACUCGUAGAAAGGGUGGCAGAAGGGGAAGAAGGUUGUGAUUGCUUACAAUUGUGUGGUUUAGCUGGCGAUGUGGUUUCUGGGAUGUUUUUGUUUUGGAUAAAAAAAA